AUGUCAAAGCAUGGGUUGCGGCUCUUGUUCAACUCGUCGCACUUGAAAAUUCGGAUGCUUCUCAAAAGAAUUGAGGAGUUCAUCGACCCACAAGCAGAAAUCACAUUCUACGAGCGUUUUUUCAACUGGGAAUUGGCGGCUGGCUCCUACUUGGUGAAGAACACGGAAUGGGCGCGGAAAUUUCUUACAGGUUUCGCUGACUAUGAGUUCCGCAUACCAAAUAGCUUCCACGGAACGGACAACGGAGCACUACAUGUCAGUAGCAUACCUGUCUUACCUGUCUUUCGACAACAAGACUUACACGACUGCGUCCGUUUUCCCUUAUUGUUCAACAGACAUAACGCUCAAAAUUUCAUGUUCGGAUCGCACUUUCCGGAGAAUUGGCAUGCGGCUUAUCUCGCUGAAAUUGUUUUGCCUACUCGUGGUGUCGAUUUGGCAAUAUGCCUCUGGAUUUGGAGCAACUCAAAAGGAUAUUCAGACUUAAACACGUAUACAGCCUGCAUAAGAGAUUUAAUGGGAAACGCCACAACAUUCGGAAAAAUCAGGUUCCUACGGAAGGUAAGUAUUCACUGUUCCGUCGUCUGCUCUUUUCACUCAUUUUGA